UUUCAGUUAACGUGUUUCCGAUCCGAGUGAAGAGUCAAGAUGCAAAACAAUCCCAGUCCACAGUUGCCAUGCAAGGGCAUUUUAAAGACUUCGCGCAGUUUUGACAAGUCGGGUGCCAGUUUUCGCAAAAGUGCCAAGUUUGAUGAGCUGAACGUGAUGCAAACAUUUCAUCCGGCCGAUAAGGAUUACGGGCAUAUGAAAAUCGAUGAACCAAAAACACCUUUUAACUACACGGAGCCAUUUAAUGAGAACAGAGACGAGCUGGACACCGAACUGCUGGUUGAGAAAUUACGAAUUGCGGCCAGCACACAACAGUCUUCCCAAAGCAUUGAUGAUGAAGGUUCUUCCGGCGAUGAUCAGCCUAUUAGCGAAGAGGAGCGACAAAGACGCCGUGAAUUCGAGCGGCGUCGCAAGGCCCACUAUCGUGAAUUUGAGGCGGUCAAAUUGGCCCGCAAGCUAAUACAGGAAGAGGACGACGAUGAUGAUGAUGGUAAUGACGCAGGUGCUGCUUCGGGGUCAGCACAAGGCGUUGCCACCAGUUCCAGCACUUAUGCCAGCGGCUCGAAACAAAAGUCAAGUCCGAAAACAACAACAUCCGCGACCACCAGUGCGACCAGCAACAGCAGCAUCAUGGACCUGGAGCCAACUCACAAUUAAAAGCAAUAUGCAACACAAUAUUUACAGGGUUCUAACUGACGUUGUUUGUUGAUGUUAAUGUUGUCCGCGUAGGCGGCUCAUCCGAAACUUAAUUUAUUGCUACUAAGUGCUGUCGUGAUGAAUUAAAUUUAUAUAUACAUUUACCUGGCGUAAAACAGGUAAAAGUUCGUAUAUUUCAAAUAGCAGCCAGCGCAAAAUGUGCUUUCCAUCAAUGAAAUAUGAUACAAAUCGAUUGAAAUUGUAGCUGCGAGAGAUUUUACAACCAAGUGCACAUUAUAAACUAAUAUACGAUGAAAUAUAAAAAUUUGUAGCGUUA